AUGCCUAAAUCAAUUUCAAUGUUUACACAAAAUCCUGGAGAGUGCGAUCGUCUUUUGGAAACUUAUGUGACACUUAUGCGCUACUGUCCGGCCUCUCGAAAUGCGAUACUUGAUUCAUUUAUAGGAAUCAUUGAUGAUUACAUGGAUGAAUAUUAUGCGCUCUGUGAUUUGAGAUAUUCCGAACAGAAUUCGCACUUGAAUCGGGCUCCGAAGUUUGACUCAUUGAAGCACACUAGAUUCCACACUGACAGAGACGAAAGAAUUCAUUUACAUUCUGAUGUUCAAACCGGGCACAUAAAGUCAGCAGAAUAUGCUGUCCUUAACUUUCUUAAAACGGUACUACUUUUAAGCUUAUUGUAA